AUUUUCGGGGUGACCACAGCGGUCGACUAUAUGCUUAACCACCCACUAAGAGCUCAGUCUGUGUUAAAAUCUUCCGGCUGAGAGGGCUGAAAAUUUUAAUGUGCGACUGGCUUAUUAUUGUUUAAAAUCUCUACACAUAUAAAUUUCGAGUGUUUAUAAAUAUUUGAGUAUAGUACGACAAAAAUCGCGUAAUUAUGGCAGCGAGAUUAAUGAAUGCACAGGCACAGGUGUGCAAGCUGGGCAAACAUGUUGCGGAUCCAAUGCUUCGUCAGUUUCAUGCUUCCUGCUACACCGCCUCCAAGGUGGCACUAUCCAAAUUCGAUUCGGACGUCUAUAUGCCAUACGAAAAGCUGAGCAAGCGUCUGGAAAUUGUGAGCAGUCGCCUCAAUCGCCCACUGACGCUGUCCGAGAAGGUCCUCUAUUCGCAUUUGGAUGAUCCGGCGAAUCAGGAUAUUGUGCGCGGCACCUCGUAUCUGCGUCUGCGUCCCGAUCGCGUUGCCAUGCAGGAUGCCACCGCACAGAUGGCCCUGCUGCAGUUCAUCUCCUCGGGCCUGAAGAAGGUGGCAGUGCCCUCGACCGUGCACUGCGAUCACUUGAUUGAGGCACAGAUCGGUGGACCCAAGGAUUUGGCCCGUGCCAAGGAUCUGAAUCGGGAGGUGUACGAUUUUCUUGCCUCAACUUGCGCCAAGUAUGGUCUGGGCUUCUGGAAACCAGGCAGCGGCAUCAUUCAUCAGAUCAUUCUGGAGAAUUAUGCGUUCCCCGGCCUACUGAUGAUCGGUACCGAUUCCCAUACGCCCAAUGGUGGCGGUUUGGGUGGCCUGUGCAUUGGUGUCGGUGGUGCUGAUGCUGUCGAUGUCAUGGCUGACAUCCCCUGGGAACUCAAGUGCCCCAAGGUUAUCGGUGUCAAUUUGACCGGCAAGAUUUCCGGCUGGACCUCGCCCAAGGAUGUCAUCCUGAAGGUGGCUGACAUUCUGACUGUGAAGGGCGGCACUGGCGCCAUCAUUGAGUAUCACGGCAAGGGCGUCGAUUCCAUCUCGUGCACGGGCAUGGCCACCAUUUGCAACAUGGGCGCUGAGAUCGGUGCGACAACUUCGCUGUUCCCCUUCAAUCAGCGCAUGGCUGAUUACCUGAAGUCCACCGGACGUGCUGGCAUCGCCUCGGAGGCCCAGAAAUAUCAUAAAAAGGUGCUGUCUGCCGAUAGCAACUGUGAGUACGAUGAAGUGAUUGAGAUCAAUCUGGAUACACUGGAACCGCAUGUGAAUGGUCCAUUCACCCCGGAUUUGGGUCAUCCCAUUAGCAAGCUGGGCGAGAACUCAAAGAAGAAUGGCUAUCCCAUGGACAUUAAGGUCGGUCUGAUUGGCUCGUGCACCAAUUCAUCGUAUGAGGAUAUGGGUCGCUGUGCCAGCAUUGCCAAGGACGCCAUGUCCCAUGGCAUCAAGUCGAAAAUCCCAUUCAAUGUGACACCCGGCUCUGAGCAGAUUCGUGCCACAAUCGAACGUGAUGGCAUCUCUGAGGUCUUUGACAAAUUCGGCGGCACUGUGCUGGCCAAUGCCUGCGGUCCCUGCAUCGGUCAGUGGGAUCGCAAGGAUGUGAAGAAGGGCGACAAGAACACCAUUGUCACCUCGUACAAUCGCAACUUCACCGGUCGCAACGAUGCCAAUCCUGCUACCCAUUGCUUUGUCACCAGCCCAGAGAUGGUCACCGCUCUGUCCAUUGCCGGUCGUCUCGAUUUCAAUCCGUUGACGGAUGAGCUCACCGGCGCCGAUGGCAAGAAGUUUAAGCUGAAGGCUCCAUUUGGUGAUGAGUUGCCCGCCAGGGGCUUCGAUCCCGGUCAGGACACCUACACCGCCCCACCAUCGAGCGGCGAGAAGGUUUCAGUCGCCGUUGAUCCCAAGUCAAUGCGUCUGCAGCUGCUGGAGCCAUUCGACAAGUGGAACGGCCAGGAUCUGGCCGAUAUGACCGUGCUGAUCAAGGUCAAGGGAAAGUGCACCACAGAUCACAUCUCGGCUGCUGGACCCUGGCUGAAGUAUCGCGGCCAUUUGGAUAACAUCUCGAACAACAUGUUUAUUGGUGCCACCAACUCGGAGAACAAUGAAAUGAACAACAUCAAGAACCAGCGCAGCGGCAGCUGGGGCAAUGUACCCGAGGUUGCACGUGACUACAAGGCGAACAACAUCAAGUGGGUUGCUGUCGGCGAUGAGAACUACGGCGAGGGCUCGUCCCGCGAGCAUGCCGCUCUGGAGCCACGUCAUUUGGGUGGACGUGCUAUCAUUGUGAAGUCCUUUGCGCGCAUCCACGAGACUAACCUGAAGAAGCAGGGUCUGCUUCCACUGACCUUUGCCAAUGCGGCCGAUUACGACAAGAUUCAACCCACGAGCAAGAUUACACUGAAGAAUCUGAAGAAUUUGGCGCCCGGCAAACCAGUUGAAUGCGAAGUGAAGAAUGGCGACAAGGUGGACAAGAUUAUUCUGAACCAUACGCUCAACGAUUUGCAGAUUGGCUGGUUCAAGGCUGGCAGUGCUCUCAAUCGUAUGAAGGAGUUGGCCCAAUAAGUUACUUGCAGCCCCCUCGUCCCAAAUAUCCAUCUACAAACUCAAGACACAAAAUACACACACACACACACACAGAAUGAUACUUAUUAUGAAAGCCGACAUGAAUCGCAAGCAAUCAAAUUAUGGUAUUUUAAUUUAUAUUGAUUUUUUUUGCAAAUUGCUUUUAAAUUAUGUUUUUGUUUUUAACUCAGUGUCGAAAGUGUUAAUAGUAAAAGUUAUGUAAUCGAAACAUUUAGAGAAGCAAUUGUGAAACACUUUUAUAUAUAUACACAUUAUACAUACAUUAAUUAUUAUAUAUUUUAGUUGAACAUUGUUUUGCGAAUUUUUUUGCUGCGGAUGCGAAUAAAAUUGUAAUAUGUACGAAAACGAAGACCAUACAAUUAUUUUUGUUUGCUUUUUGUUUUGUUUUUGUAUUUAUUUAUUGAAGCGGACAAUAAGUGGCAACAUGUGCACACAGUCACAAUAUCCUUAACCAGGACAUAUGGCAGCUCAUCUCCCCUCAUUUAAAUAUUUGUUUAAACUAAUUGUAACAAGUAUAAAAGUCAAAUUUAAUCUUUAACUGUUAGCGAUAUUAACAUAUAUUAAACUCUACGAAACAAUUAAA